AAAAAACAUACGGGCACCUGCUUCCGGUUUCCCGCCCUCAGUCAGCUGUUCCUCCGUUGUUUGCAAACAGUCCGUCCGCCUGGUCCAUGGUCCCCGCCUCGUCCUCUGCGCCCCUCUAGCUCCUCCACCAUGGGGGAAAACGACAACAGCGAGAUAAUAGAGCACCAUGUCGAGGAGGAGAUGGAGAAGAAAGGCACGAGGAGCCGCACAGCCUCCUCCAGCUUCCCGGGCAGCGUCACUCCGUCCGACAGAGAGGGCCACAGCGGCACCCAGUCCUCCCACAGACUGCUGGCCUACAGCGACGCGCUCAUCUCCAUCAUCGCCACCGUCAUGAUCUUACCUGUUGCACAUACAAAGUUGCAAAAUAAUGACGAGGGGCUGAGGCAGAGUGUUCAGCUUCUGCUGUCAACAAAGAUUGCUGUUUACUUAAUGACAUUCCUCAUUGUGACUGUUGCAUGGGCUGCUCAUAUCAGAUUGUUUCAAGUAAUUGUACGCAUUGAUGAUUGCCUUGCACUGCUGAACCUUGCCUGCAUGAUGCUGAUAACCUUUCUACCGUACACAUUCUCUCUGAUGGCCACCUUCCCUGAGAACAUCCUCGGGAUUUUACUCUUUUGUGGUUGUGUGAUGGUGAUGGGUGUCAUACAGUCGGUGAUUGUGGUGUACGCCUUCAGCCGCCCCUUCCUGUUGAACGAGCAGAUUCAGAUCUCAGAGAACCUAACGGUCUAUAAACAUCACAUCCUCAAAGUCAUCAUGCGGGUUCCCCUCAUGUGCUUCCUCGCCAGCAUCUUCUCCUUCAUCCUCUUCCAGAUCUCCUACGUGCUCUUGGCAAUUGUCAUCUUCCUGCCGUACAUCUCUAGGUCUUUGAAGUGGUGUCGCAGCAAAGCAAUUGGUCAGGUGGAGGAGACUCCAGACUCCAUUUUGUUUUACACCUUCCUACCUGAGGAGCCCCUCAGCAAGGAUCGAGUGGAGGCGUUCAGCGAUGGAGUUUACGCCAUCGUAGCAACGCUUCUCAUCCUAGACAUAUGCGAGGACAAUGUUCCAGACCCGACUGUGGUGCAGAAACAGUUUGGCGGGAGCCUGAUAGCAGCUCUGCAGGACUACGGCCCAGAGUACCUCGCCUACUUUGGUUCUUUCGCCACCGUCGGCCUCCUGUGGUUUGUGCACCACUCGCUCUUCCUCCAUGUAACCAAGGCAACGCGCUUCAUGAGCAUGCUCAACACUUUCUCGCUGGCCUUUGUCGGAGGAUUGCCUUUAGCCUACCAGCUAACGCAGGAAUUCCCACGCAACUCUCGCAAUGAACUAGAAGCCAUUCAGAUCAGCUGCGUGAUCAUUUUCUUUGCUGGUAUAUUUCAGCUCGCUAUUUGGGUGGUCGCUCUUUACAACGAACAAGAAACUCUGCACCCUUACGUACGAUAUGGCGGACGCGAGCAUGUGUUUAUGCUAGCUAAGCUAUCUCUGUACCCCUGCGUAGCUCUUGGGACGUUUUUCCUUACUUGUAUUCUGAGUAAAUUUAGUGCCUAUUUCCACCUGAUGGAGAUUACGGUGCCCUUUGCUUUUCUUGUUCUAAGGCUGUUGGUGCGCGGUGGGCUAGCAAUGCUACGGCUAAUGUUCUGUCCUGACAGGCCCGACCAGGGGAAGUGUUGUAGAAAAGGAAGAUGACGAGACAAGAGUGCCAUUCAAUGCUUUAGUAACCUAGUUAGCUUAAAGGGAAGUAGCUACAGAAGUGAAACUUACUCACAGAGCAGUGAGGCAUUGUUCCCUAAAUGCUAGGGUCUCUGAAAGAGUAACUGUUAGCGAUUGCAUUGAGAAUCACAUGAAGAGGAUAUUCUUUUUUCAACUUUUAAAACUGCUUCUAAUGUUGAAAAGGAAUCUGUGUAAAUGGGAUUAGAGGUGACCACACAUAUUAAAAGCCAAAGUAUGGUGGUGACAGGAUGAUACUGAUGGCCAAAGCCUAUCAUUUCAUUUAUUUUGAUCAAACAAUAAUUUAAGAAGAAACUAAUGCUAGUUUUGUUCGCAAAUCAUAUUAAAACUCUCGAAAGCUAGCUGUUUUAUGACCCAUAAGAUGGUUUUCACUUUGAUUUUCAUCCUGACGUAGCAAAAGGGUCAAACUGGGUAAUAGCUGUUUUGUAUACAGGGAUGAAUUGAAGUCAUAUGAGCUAGUUUGAGUCCUAACAUAGCCGUUUAUAGACUUCAAUCAAAGAGAAAGCAAGCAUUUAUAACU